AUGACAGAAGAUACUCUUACCGAGGUCGUGAAUCUUGGUGGCCUUCCAACAUUUGUCCACCUUAUCCACAAUCGCGACUGGAUGGAUAUAUGUGGCAUUUCACGCUCCUGCCGAGUUGGCGUCAUCAGGGAUCUACGCUUCCCACUCGUGAUGGUAGAUAUCGACACGACCUCAAACAUCGACUUCCUUGUCACCAACGGGUACGUCACCCAAGGAGAGGCUGCCGCACCAGCACCAGGGGCACCAGCGGUCGUGCAAGCCAAAGCCUUGUGGGCAUACGACCUCGACGCCUCUGACCGCGACGACCUCUCAUUUACAGCUGGGAACAUCAUCACCAUCGUCGAAGAGACCAACGCCGACUGGUGGCUCGGGGAGUAUGGCGGCCCGGGGACACCUACGCCUGCGCCUGUCCCCCGGACCCUGCCUCCGGCGUUCACCCCACCGACCGGUGUUCGAUCGGUACCUCCAGCUCCCACAGAGAAGAAAGAGUACAAGCCGUUCAUGGCUACUCAUUCAAGUGCCAACGCGCCUCCGCCUCCUGGGGCAGGUACGAACUCCGUUGGCCUUCAGCAGGACGCGGGUCAAGAUGGGAAGAAGAGCAAGUUUGGCAAGUACGGUAAUACGAUGGCCCACUCUGCGGCUGGAGGUGUAGGGCUCGGUGCUGGGGCUGCUAUCGGCGGCGGCCUUGUUAGAUCGAUAUUCUAAUUAGAGAGACGGUAUUUUAUUUGUGCUGCACCGUAUUAUUUAUUUUAUUGACUCUAUACCAUAUUCGCAUUGAACGAAGACUUUCUUUUUUGCUCC